UUGGUUGAUAUUCUCUGUCAGAGCCUCUACCCAAACCACUGGAGGAGACAAACAGUGCCUCCCAAAUAAUGGGGCCCUACAGCAUCUCUAUGAAGAGCUAUGACAUGAAUUUGCUGGGGGAAUUCAGUGACUAUGACAAUGACAACACCACAAGAUCCUAUGAGGACUACUUUUGUCCAGAUACAGUCUUGUCUCCAGCUGGCGAUCCCACACAUCCUUUCAAGAAGAUCUUUGUGCCCUUAGUCUACCUUCUGAUAUUUCUUCUGGGGACCUUGGGCAAUGCCCUGGUGUUGAUCAUCCUGGAGCGCUACAAGCGUGCCCGCACUACCACUGAGAACUUCCUCUUUCAUCUGGCCCUGGCCAAUCUGGUGCUAGUGCUCACCUUGCCUUUUGGUGUGGCCGAGAGCUUGACUGGCUGGAUCUUCGGCACUUUCCUCUGCAAAGUCCUCAGCGCUGUUCAUAAGAUCAACUUCUACUGCAGCAGCAUGCUUCUAGGCUGCAUCAGUGUGGAUCGCUACCUGGCCAUAGUGUAUGCUAUCCACACCUACAGGAAGCGCAGAGUCAGGUCUAUCCAUCUCACUUGCCUGGCCAUUUGGUUCAUCUCCCUGGUGCUGACCUUGCCCGAUCUAGUGCUCAUGGAGGUCUGGUCAGACAAGAGCAACCACAGUGUCUGCAAUUUCCAGCAAGUUGGGAUUCAUGGCAGCAACAUGUGGCUGGCCACCCGCUUCCUGUAUCACAUUGUGGGUUUCUUCGUGCCCCUGCUGGUCAUGUGCUACUGCUAUACAGCCAUUGUGAGGACCCUGUGCCAGUCCCAGCGGCUGCAGAGGCAGAAGGCCGUGAGAGUGGCCAUCCUGGUCACAGGGGUGUUCUUACUCUGUUGGAGCCCUUAUCACAUGGUCAUCUUUUUGGACACGCUAGACAAGCUAGAAACCUUACCGAGCGAUUGUGCCUUGGCGGACCAGCUGGCCACCAGCAUCAUGGUGACAGAGGUGAUUGGCUUCACACACUGCUGUCUCAACCCCAUCCUCUAUGCCUUUGUCGGAGUCAAGUUCCGCAACGACUUCUUCCGGAUUCUCCGUGACCUGGGCUGCAUAAGCCAAGAGACCCUGCAGGAGAUCCUUGAUGUGACGAGGAAGAGCAGUGGGAUUGAGUCGGACACCAUCACUUCUGUCAGCACUUUCUAGUGAGGAAAGAACUGGGCACGGGGCUGAGAUAGACCUUGGUGUUCCUGGCCAGCAGAGCAUGUAAUGCCCUUGGAACAGGACUCAGCUCUGCGCCUCAGUAUCAUCCCUACCACUUCUCUCCUUUCCACAAGAAACUGAGGUCUAAAGGGCACCAUUAAAACAGCAAAUACUUGCCAGCUGUUACCACAUAUUUACUUCCUGUGCUAAAUAUGUGGAGAAAUGGUUUGUGGUAGCCCUUGGCAAAUACUGACUUUACAUAGCAACUACUGCAAAGGGGCUGGCUGGGACCCUAGCAAGUUAGCUGUGAUACUGCAUCCUCCCCACUGGAGGAGCCCCAGUGUGCAGAGCCAACCACAGAAUUGGGCCCUUAGAAAGCGACAAACAGGAAAUUCCAGAUGAUGGAGAGAUUUUUAUCAGAGAAAUGGAAGAGCAUGAUUUAGUCUGUGCUGCUUAUUAAGGUGCUCAGAAGAAAGUGAUAUAGCCCAAUUAUUGCUUUUAAUUAGAAACAGUUCUAUGUUUAAUGAAAGUUAUGUAAAAUAUGAAGAAGUUUAGAGUAUGUUUCAGUUACUUGGGCACAUAGCUGCAUGUUACUCACCAUUCUGGUCAAUACAAAGGUCUGGACACUGUUUUUCUGACUGCAUCACAGAAUCUGGAAGUAGAAGAGGCCUGUGAGGCAGCCAGCCCAUCUCCUCCAGCAAACGUGGGGUUGUCUCCUGUUGUGCCUUUCCUGGGACUUUGGGCAGGUUGGGUGCCUUGAUCCCACAUGGUGGUGUUUCUGCAACUCACAUUGGGAGACUCUUCCAUAGGCCCAAAGACUUUACUGUCAGGAAUUUCUUUCCUGCCCAUAAGCUGCACAUUUUCUCUCUCACUUUCAAUCCAUUUUAUUGCUAUUAAUAAUUCCAAUUACUGACUUACUGGAACUAAUUGAUUUCCUUUGAGGGUGAAUAUUCUCUGAGCAGGCCCUGUCCAGCCUUGUAACUGAAUGGUGGCACAGACCUCUCCUACUUUGAUUACUAGUGGGGGGGGGGAAGGGAAAGAAGGCUGAAUGUGUUACUGAUUUGUUUUGUGGUUCAGUUGCUGUAUCUCUUGGGUGCUGAGAGCAAGAAUUCCCGUUAUUCCAGAGUAAAACAGAACAUGGAAG